AUGCUUAAUAAUAGUAAUCCUGCCACUUUUCCUGUUGGUUGUGGAUUCUAUGGUCAUCGAACCAGGAACUCUUUCUUCUUUGCUGUCUUCGCAGUUCAAGCAACAACAGAUUCCAAUAUUAUCCAUUCAACUCCUCCACAGAUUCUUUGGAUAGCCAAUCGUGCCAGUCCUGUCAAAGAAAAUGCUAGCCUUGACUUCACUAAGGUUGGAAAUCUAGUCCUAAAGGAUGCCGAUAGCAAGCUUAUUUGGUCGUCCCAUACAUCAUCAGUUGAUAGAAUGCAAGUGACUGGCAAUGGUACUCUUCAGCUUGUCAGUGAGUAUGAUUAUGCUUACAUGUCUGGUAAUAUCAUUUGGGAAUCUCUGGAUUACCCAACAGACAUGGCUUCCAAAUCAAGUUCUGAUACUAUCUCUGAGAUAUACCGUGAAAUUCUUUAUCAAGGGAGUGUGAUAGCAAGAGAUUCGCAAGUGGGACUCUUGCAUCUUCAAUUAGGUAAUAACAGUUUGGUUAUAUAUGAAAGCGACAUGGAGAUUUUCCAAUACUUGAGACUGGAUUCUGAUGGCCAUUUGAGAGCUUAUAAAUGGGCUGAUGGAAUUGUAUCACUGCUUGAUGAAUUAUUAGCUGACAAUUUUGGCCAAUGUGGCUACCCUACAUUUUGUGGAGACUACGGUAUUUGCUCCAAUGGAAAUGAUUGUAGCUGUCCUGUUGGAAAGAUGGCAACGAGAGCUAUUUCAGGAAGUUGA